AUGAUUGCCACCUGUCAACUCAAAAAACCUUUGAGAAAUCAGAUCUCCAUGUGGAAACAUUAUGUGUCUCAAUAUGAUUCUAUGUAUUGUGACAACAUGUUGGACAUGAAAAGAUUGAACUCUACUGAGGAAUUGCAAUCCAUCGAAAUGGAACAAGUUUUUACCAAUUACUCUCCAAAUUCACAAAUGGUUGAAGAACGAGAAAUGGCCCUCACUUUGGAAAAUGUUGAUGAAUAUGUCAUUCAUUCAUUGAGAAAGAGUCUCUUUUCUCCAAUUCAAAGAAAAAAGUUGAAAUGCAUUUCAAAGGGAUUUAAAUGGUAUUCCGUUCAACAAUUUAGAAAUUUGAAUUCUUCCACACCAUUUGAAAAGGUCAAAAAUUUAUUGACACAAAAUAAGGAAUGGUUCAUGGAAAGCAAAUUGACAGUGAUGGAAUUGAAACUGUUAUUGAAUGGUCAGUCUUACAUGCAUUCCACAUUGUUAUUGAACGAAAUGGACAUGUCACGCCUCUCUUCACAAAUUAGAGAAAACCUUAAACGCGUGGUUUGCACUCUCAAUGUCACUCAACUGAGACUAUUAUUGAUUUGGAUGGCCUCUCUUUCAAGUACUCCAUUGUCUGGACUUCCAAAGAAGAUCGUAUUGAAAGAGUCCACCAAAUUUGAAGCUCAUGCUUGCAUUACUGUCUUGCAUUUUGAGGUGUUGAAUGAGAGAAAUUAUGACAAAUUCAGUCAACAAUCCGUGAGAACGUUGAAAUGGUCUGAAGAUUCCCAAGAAGAUCGUUAA